UCAGCUGUCACGCUGACAGAGUGCCAGAGGAGAUUCCUCAGAGGGUGCCAUCAGUGCCACCUGUCAGUGUACAUCAGUGCCAGCUCUCAGUGCUCAUCCAUGCCGCCUAUCAGUGCCACAUCCGCCUAUCAUGCCACAUAUCAGUGCCCAUCUGAGCUGCCUUUCAAUGUCACCUCAGUGCCAGUCAGUGCCACCUAUCAAUGUGCCAGUCAGUGCCACCUAUCAGUGCUGCCAAUCAGUGCCACCUAUCAGUGCUGUCAGUGC